GCUCGUCCACUCUUUCUUCUCACCAUGCUCGACAUCGACGACAUCAUCCAGAGCGAUGCCUAUGACGACGAGCAAAAUCACAAAUCUGCAAAUUACUGCCCGCCAAUGUCGCUAGGAAUCAAACCUGUUCCGCCUCCUCCACCACUACAACGAAAAUACGACCCUGUUUCUAUGAAAGUUCACAAGGUUGUGUAUCCUCCCAAGGAGAGCUGCUUCAGCCUUCCAAUCAUCUUUCCGAACCUUUCAGGCGGCAAUCUUAAAUCCCGGGUGGAGACUCAGAUAAGAGUCACCAUCGACCUUGCCCAUCCCACCUCUUCACCUGACCCGACAUCCUAUGACCGGGUGGGCUCCUGGAAAUACCUAAAACUACCACAGGGAACUGCUACGAAGCGCAGGUCGAGGAAACAAGGACGAAUCGACCCAGAUCCUCAAGACAUUCUUUAUCUCACCUUCAGUGUGAAUUGCGCUUCAGAGCCGUGCAGUCGCGUCGUCAGCUGUAGUUCAUGUCAAGCUCGCGAAGCCAAGCGCGUCGCUAAAAAAAUCGCUGCUCGUGUCCGACCUCCAGCACCCUCUGAUUCCGAGGCUGACGACGCACAACCGAUUUCCAAUUCCAAUGAUCCUUCCAAAACUUCCCCGAAAUUCAAACAUGAAGACCCUUCCUCUAUCAUUCAGUUUAACUGCUCGCCUCUGAUCGACUUCUCGAACGGAACUACCGUAUUGCCACUUCGUAUCACAUGUUACUGUCGUCAUCACAGGGAAAAAGUAGGAUUUCAUGUCAACUUGACCUUGGUUGACUACAUGGGCAGGGUAGUUGGCGCGGGUACCACAAAACCUAUCAUGAUCACGGAUGAUCAUAAGAGUGGAAAUCCGGCGAAGCUAUUACAUCAAACACAAGAGCAAACCGUCUACUCAACUCAGGUUGGCUGGAAAGCUCCUACUCCACCUGCAGCCACCGCACCUUCAAAGCGGAGGACCGCGAAGGAUACCAACAACUUAGCAAAGGCAUCAAGCAAAAAGAAACGUGCCACACCUUACGACACUUCCUUGAAAUCAAACCGUGUUUCAUCCCGAGAAACUAGUUUAUCUCUGUCAAGUGCACCCUCUCCCGAUCCCACAGCUUCCUCUCCGAUUUACGAUCACGAUGUAUCUCAUACACAGGACCAUGAAAUGUCGUCUCCACCAGAACACUCUCCAGCGACAUUAUUCGGGCAAAUCUCUGCUGCGACUCCACCGUCAUCAUCUGAAACUCCGUCCCUCAACUACAGCUACGGAUGCACUUCACAUUCACAGGACUCGCAAUCAGAAUCGUCGCCCGAUGGUUUGAUAACCCCCACUGACCUUGGUCCAGCUCCGACACUCUCUCUUGAUGUCGCCAUGCUCAACGAACAGAUGUCUGACACCGACCUUUUCUCAUCGAGUCCUCAAGGAGUUACCAACUCAACCAAUCAUCUUCUACCCUUCCUCUCACUCUUUUCCUCUCUUCCACACAAUCCGAACGCUACUGCAUUACCCUCACCUCCCCCACCCGUAAUUCACCGUCUUAUUCCUUCGUGCGGUCCUACACAUGGUGGAAUUGAAGUAACUGUUUUAGGCGCGAACUUCCAUAUGGCGUUGGUGAACGAGUUAACGUGUGUGUUUGGUGGAGUCGAGGCUACCAGUACCACAAGAUGGAGUGAUAAUGCACUGGUCUGUGUUCUGCCACCGCGGGCGCAGCCAGGUGUUGUAGAAGUCGAAGUUAGAGUUGGGGGCGAAGAAAAACGCGAGGAUGCGCAAGGGCAACAACCCACACUUUUCACCUAUUCUGACGAGAGCGACAGGGCGUUAAUGGAGUUGGCGCUACAAGUUGUAGGUCUCAAGAUGACCGGGAAGAUCGAGGACGCAAAGAACGUUGCAAUGAGGAUUGUUGGCGCCGAUAUCAGCAAUAAUUCCUCUUCAUUGAACACUGCCCAUGAUAAUACUUUGAACGGUGGAGUCGCCAGUACUCUUCUCACCGCGACUUCCGACUUUGAGUCGCUUGUUAUUAAGUUCCUCUCUUUGCUUGAUAUUGCUGUUGAGCCCUCUGCAAACCCUAAGGUGUCGACGCACCAAGCCCUCCGUCACUCUACACAAGCCGGUCAGACGCUUCUUCAUUUCGCCGCAUUUGUUGGCUAUCCAAAAUUGCUUCAAUUCCUUUCUGACAGAUGGGAAGGAGAUGGAGAGAUAGACAAGAGGGAUAAAAAUGGAAUGAGCGCACUUCACUUCACUUUCUUGCGUCUUGGUGGGAGUCCUCAAGACAGGGAAAGAAGGAUAGAGUGUGCGAAAAUAUUACUCAAUGCCGGCGCAGAUCGAGAGGUAGUGGAUGCUCUUGGAAGGACUGCAGAAGAAAUCGGCGGCGAAGCUGUUGCUGAUAUUUUGCGUAAAGUCCUGGAGGGUGUUGUUGCGCAAAGGGAUACGAUCGAGGAUGCGGAAGCUGAGCACAGCCAUCUUUCGCCAGUCGUGGAAGACGGAGACGAAUGGUGGGGAGAUGCCGAGGAUGAUGACGUCGAGUAUGCAGAGAUCGGAUCUGUCAGAGAUAGAGUGAGGAAGAGGAGACAAUUAAGGAGAGCGUGUAAGGAGAAGGAUCAGGCUACAGUUGACUCAGCUCCAUCCCUCCCGACGAACGAGAAAGUGACGGAAACUGACGUCCACGGUCAGAAAGCCCAUGAGAAGGAGAAGAUUAGAGAUUUAGGCCCCGACGAGAAGCAGGCAUUGUCGUUCCUCGACAUGUUGAGCAGGACGAUGGCCCACCUUCCUGGUGCUCAUGCUCUUCCGUAUUUACCGGUGAACUUACCCAACUUGCCCCUACCACCGUUGGCAUUCCCAGUGAUGCUUCAAGCCCUUUUCGGUGGUGCAACUAAUACCGAACAAGCAGAAGACCCGGAUGAUACCGACAAGCCAGCGGUGACGAUGGGAGAGUGGAAGGCGUUAUGGGAGAAAUGGCUUCUCACAUGGCAACAGGGAGAAGCAGAGGAGGAAGCACCGCCAGAGUAUACACCUCGUGCCGAACCUGAGGAGUCUCAUCAACCUCAGCAGCUAGAAAGAAGGUGUCCCACGCCUGAGAAUAGCGUUGAAGAACCUUCGGGAUCGAUACCGAGGUUCGAGAAUUUACAGGAACUAGGCCCUCAGACAAGCAGAAGCGCGGCUAGCAAGAGAGUAACAACCGAUUCAUACCAAAAUAGCCAUGUAACAGAACAAGACCUCUCUGCCUACCGUUAUCAACCGAAGAUGAAGGCAAAGAAAGGGUUCAAAGGGGAUAAGAUGUUGGUGCUGUUUUGGAUACCCAUUUUGCUGAUAUCUCUCAUAUGGGCUUGCCACACUGGUCUCCAGUUUGCUAUACGAGCUGUCAAGUCCCCUGUGGGAUGGAGUUUUAAUAAGAUUGUUGCUGAGCAUUAGGACCUCCCUUUCCUUUUCCGUUCUUCUAUCAUUAUACUUCAAGGAUUUUCGAUUCUGUAGACAUUUCUUUCAUCACUCUAAGUCUGCUCGCGGAUUAACCUAUUUUUAUUCCCAGUUGUCUCCGUUAUAAUGAUUUAUCCUCUUUAAAGUUGUUGAGUUUGUACACGCCCAGAGUAGUAAACUAAGUAAAUGUAGUUAUCCUGUUUGCAGCCACGCCACACACCAUCAAGGGAUCGAGCUGUGUAUCCGUCUCGCUCUUGUCGAUGGGAACGGACAGAGUUGUUCGCGCUGCCCGACUUGACCCCGGAUCGUCGCCGCACUUAGCUGUCAACGACAGGUCGAGCUUUUCUAUUGAUAGAAAAUUAGAUCCUUCCCGCCCAAUUAUGCAACAAGGGUGAACGUCUAAUCAUGGGUAGACAUCAGGCGGUGAACAUUGAAUCCCGAAUAUCGAGCGAACAAGCGCGCUGUUCGUGUCGCGCGCCCAAGCUUCGUACUGAAAGCGGGACUUGCGUAGUUCUGGGUAGCUGGUAGUGUCUCGAACCCAGAUUUGGUCGUGAUAGCCCGUCUGGUGCCUUCACUUUUUGGGAAAGGCCUGACGCUGACAACAGUGCCUACCACACGACCUCCGCGGGUCAUAUUCCAUACCGUUGACAUCGCUAUAUCUGAAUCUGUGGAUGUAAUGCUAGUAGGAGCCAUCUGGACGUUUCAAAUGCAUGUUUGACACUGUUAAACUGUUGACGACCGAGAAUAGAUCCUUUGCAAUUCACAUUUCAGAGAUGCGGAUAGAGAGGCGUAGGUGGAGUGGACAGAAG